AUGUCGUACUAUUCGAGCAUUGUUGCCAGUCUGGACGACCUUCAUGUCUUGAUGCAGUCAACUACGCACUCCCCAAACCUCAAUGUCGCCGGCUAUCCUCCUAGCAAGGAACCAUACACUCGUCUCGCAACAAUAUCCCCACCCCAGGAGAACCCCGGAUCAUGGAACGAGUUCCCACCCCCUAUAACGAACGCUACCGACGGUGAAAACUACCUCGUAACAUCUCCGUCUUCGUCGAUCCGCGUGCCUGCAGCAUCUCAAUGGUACCCGCCUCAAGUUCGGCAACGGCAGACCACAGAAGGGUCCCGGCAACCAAAGGUAUUCAAGCCUGGUUCUUGA